GGGGUACCAGACCCCUGGCACGGCAUCAGCCCCACUGACGGCAUCGUGGUCACCCCACAGCCCGAUGGCACCCGCGUGCCUCUGGAGAUCGUGCUGCUGGACAGGGGUGUCCAGGGGUUUCAUGGCAUCAUCCAGCUCCUGGACUGGAUUGAGAUCCCCGACAGAUUUUUGUUGGUGAUGGAGCGUCCAGAGCAGUCUCAGGGCCUGUUCAGCUUCAUCAAGAAGCAGAAGUUCCUGACGGAAGACACGGUGUGGGAGCUGUUCCACCAGCUGCUGCACUGCGCUAGCUGUGGCAUCCUGCACCAGGACAUCAAACCUGAGGACAUCCUCCUUGACCUGGCCACUGGUAAGGUGAAACUGAUCGACUUUGGAAUACUGCCAUACAGUCCACUAGAGUGGAUACACCUCAAAUGCUACCAUGGUGAGGCACCAAUGAUCUGGUCCCUGGGCAUCCUGCUCUACCAGAUGAACACUGACAUCCUGGUCUUGUGCAAGGGGAAGGAGAAAGCCCCUGGAGAAGCUGUACUGGAUGGGCCUGCUGCUGGAAACAAGGACAGUGUCAAGGAUGACAACCUCUUUGCUGACCUGGACACCAGAACACUGCCAUACAGCCCACCAGAGUGGAUCUGCCUCAAAUGCUACCACGAUGACACAGCAACGAUCUGGUCCCUAGGCAUCCUGCUCUACCAGAUGGUCUGUGGGAAGAAUCCUUUCAGGAAGGGCCAGGACAUCAUCUGGGGCUCUUGUUCUCACAAUGGGUCUCUCGAGGGUGUCAACAUGUUAUAA